AUGGCGGCUUUUGUUGGCUUACUAUCUUUGCUCCUUUUUUUCGGGGCUAUCCUGGCUGAAGAAGCCGACGAGGUUGAGGAAACGCCCGAGGCCAGAAGGAAAUGGGGUGGGCGGUAUGGAGAUUACAACUUUGCCGGAUUACUAUAUAACCAUGUUGCGUCUACGUUGAAUGGCAACCGGGAAUUUUUGAUCUCACCACUGGGGGUUUCACAAGCCCUGGGAUUGCUUCUCUUCGCGGUGGGUCCAAAAUCGGCGGCCGAAAUCGAUGGCCUUUUAUACCCAAAAGGGGCGAAUGCAAGUGGCUUGCGACCUCGUCAUCUUCUGCAGAGUGGUAAACUGACGUACGCGACAGUGGCUUCGUUGCGACCGGAUGUCUAUAUAGAUCCCGGCUUCCUAAGGGAUGCUGCUGAACUGGAUUCCUACGUUUACAGGACCCACUUUGCACGACGGGACCUAAAGUCCUUGAACACUUUUCUCAAAUCGAAGUCCCAGGGAAUUGACGUCAACCUACAAUACUUACUGGACGAUUAUUAUCCUGCGAAUCGCCUGCUAUUUUUCAAUGUCUUGGACUUUGAGGCGCAGUUUAGGUAUGGCUUUAAUAUUGAAAAGCGAGCUUUGGUGGCCACAAGGACCUUGGCUUGGCAUGGACACAUUCCGGAGUUAAGAAGUCGAGUCUUGGGACUUCCUUUAAAGGAAUCUAGUGCCCUGCUGCUGAUCCUGCUACCCAUUCGUAAGGCAAAAGUGCAGAUGGUUGAGCGUAGACUAAGCACAGUGGAUGUGCGAAAGCUACGCAGCCGAUUGAAAAUAACCCUGAUGAACAUCAGCCUGCCCAAGGUUGAGAUACGGCAGCUCCUCCAGUUGCGAGAACCUCUGAGAAAAGCUGGAAUAACCACAGUCUUCAACAAGACCAGCGCCGAUCUCAAUGCCUUCAGAACGGAGCUGCCAUUGGAUGACGUUAUAGUUUUCACGAAAAUCAACAUCUUUAGUCAAGGCAUCAAUGCGGGCACUUCGAAUACCACCAAAAGCGAGCAAAUUGCCCAGCAGGAGACGGAUAACGAGCGAGCAUUCGUCAGUGAGGAGAAACCCCUGCAGUUCGAGGCUCUGAGACCGUUUAUUUAUGCGGUCGUGGAUUCGCGACAUGUCUACCUAAUGGGUCGCCAUUUCCCGACUUUGUGA